GCAGUCUUUUAAUUGCGAUCGAACUACGCAGCUAAACUGUUCUCCAUUCGCUGAAAUAUUCGAAUUUUUUCGGAAAAGUAAUUGUGAAAUUAUUGAAAAAUGUUGAAAGGAAUGUUCUGCAUGCGUCUCCACACGGCUGGCACAGUCAUUGGCUGGUUGGGAUCCAUUGGCUCAAUUUUGCUGAUCAUCGUUCUGUCCUCCGUUCUAAUAAAUGUAGACACUAUUGUUUGUCGAAUCUCAACCAAUGAUCAUGUGGAUCCAGAUGCAGCUCAUAUGAUGAUUGUAACUGUUUGCAGCAUUGGACUGGCUAUAGUUUUAUUGAAUUUCCUAUCUUCGGCACUUCUCAUCUUGGGCACAAUGAAGAAUCGUCAUUUGUUCCUGUUGCCUUGGCUUAUUAAUUCUGGCAUUGCCCUUGUCUUUAGCGUCAUUCAAUCCCUUGUCGUCUUAGCUCUACUCGCUCAAAGUGCUCCAGCGGCACCAAUUUUAAUGUACAUAAUGAUGUCCGGCUUAGGCUUGGCUUUGAACAUCUAUAUCUACUAUGCUAUAUUAUCGCUCUUCAAACACAUUCAGAAUAUUCGUGACCAAGAAAGUCGUGUGGUCUUACAACCACAAGUCGCUCAUCACACUGAGUCAUAUCCUAAUUAUGUAAAACUCUAAGCAAUUAACUUUGCAUUAAACAUUGUCGAAUAUUGCCCUUCGAAA